CAGCGGAGAGGUCCCUCUUGGAAGCAGAAGUUUUCGGACUUGUCUGCGAAGGAGAAAGAAAAGCUGGCUGAAGCUGAGGUCAGGAGGCUGCAGAAGCAGUUCCGGAUAGCAGCGGAGAAGAGGAAAUCUUAUGGUGCCAAAGUGAAGCAGCAAAAACAGGCUCAGGAAAAAGAAAUAGAGUCGCUGUCGCAAGAACAUGCAGAGGUGUUGUUAAUGCUGAGCCAGAUCACGUCCCUGAGAAAUGCGAUGCUGGAUGACAGAAAUUGUCUGGAGGUCCAGUGCCUUUUGCAGACCAAACAGCAGUACAGUUCUCUGAUUCAAGACAGAAAAGCCUUGUUAACUGACCUGGACAACCAGAUAUUAGAGCUGGAAGAAAAGAUUGUGAGGCAAAACAAGAUCACAGUGAAGGUGAAACAAGCAAACAGUGCCGAACGGCUGCAAAAACAGAUCGAGACACUGGAGAUACGUCUAAACAACGUCACUGUCCAUUUCGAUACAAUCUUGACCAGAAAUAACACACUCCGAGAAGAGAUUGAAAACCUGCGAAUCCAGAAAGCCAUUUUGGACAAUGUCUACUUGAAGCUCCAUAAGAAGCUGAAUCAGCAGAGGAGAAGGAUGAACACUGCCGUUGAGCAAUCCACACAAGCCUACGAGCAGCGGAUGGAGGCUCUGGAAAGGAUUUCAGCCAUGAAUGAAAGGCACAGCAAAGACACCAUCCAGUAUAACGUCGAGCUGCAGGAACGGGACCGUGUCCUUGACCAGGAGACCAAACUGAAAACCUUCAUGCUCAUGAAAUUUGCAGAUCGCUCUGAAGUGGAGAAAGAGGCCAAAAAGAAAAAAGCCUUGAAGGCAGCCCAGCGGGCGAAGCGAAGCCAAGGGGAGAGCUUUGAGAGCCGGGAGGUGGCUUACAAACGUCUGCUGGAGCUGGCAGAGGACGGGGACAUCAACCGGCUGAUGAAUGGCUUCAUCGAAAAGGAGGGGAAGAACUUUGCCUGCUUCAGCUAUGCCACCGAGCUGAACAACGAGAUGGAGAUGAUGCAGCGGAGGAUCGAGGAUGUCCAGAAUGAAAUUAAGGCCUUCAUGAUGGACCAGGAUUAUGCAGAGAGCAGCAUCUUUCAUGUCCUGCAGGAGCUGGAGGAAAAACUAGUGGAAGCCACUGAGGAGGCCAACUGGUAUGAAGACAAAUGUAAAGAGAGCAGCAAAGUCCUGGGCCAGCUCAUAUCCAGCACAGAGACCCUGUUUAAAGAAACCAACUGUGAUGCUACAAAGAUAAUGAAAGGGAUCGGAGAAAACGGGCAGAUCACGGAUCUGAACCUGAUGCAGUUUUUCGGUCUCGUGGAGAAGAAAACCAACGAGCUCCUGCUGAUGGAGUCCAUCCUCUGCUACACAUCGGCUGAGGGCUUGCAAUCAAUCCAGCCCUUCACCAACCCACUGCUGGGCAGCACCGGGCUCCUCCGGGCGAUGGACCGCGCCCAGCUCUGCCCCUUGCCCCCCACCCUGGACUGCAUCGCCAUCGCCAUCGACGCCCUGGAGGUGCCUCUGGACCACAAUGAGCUGUGCCAGCUGAUUCUCCAGAGCCAGGAGCAGGAGCAGGGCAAUGUCACCGGCACGGGCAAGAAGGGGGAGUGA